AUGGAGCGUUCGCCGAAGCGCCAGCGCCUGAACGACCCAUACUCGCCCGCCAGUCCAUUGCCCACCGCCGACACAAAGGCCUCCUUUGUCUCUCCGCAGACACCUCCACCGAGCGUACGCAUGUCUCCGACAUGGACGGCGCCUUCCAAUUCCAAUCAGCAGCAGCCCACCAGCGGCUCUCACUUCCCCACGCCGCCGAGUACUGCAGGUUAUCAGGGCCACAUGGCUGGACGGGGAGCAAGUAGCGACGCAGGAGGAGAGAGUGGCCGACAGACCCCCAUGACGGAGGACGGCAGCGAGAUGCGGAAGGACGGCGACGGCGAUGCAGAGAUGGCGGAUCGACAGGGCCGAGUAGCAAAAGUUGUUACGAUGGUGGAUGCAGAGCACAGACGCACGGAUCACGAGCGGCAAGAGAAAGGCGCGCUCGACUCAGGCAUGCCCUCAACACCGGGCGCGCAGCGCAUCUACAAGCUCUCCACGUCCCGUAAGUAUACUCUACGCAUAGCAUGUGACUGUGCUAUGCCUUGCUAAACGGCAUUGCCAACCUUGCAGGAGUUGAGCCUGUGAAACCGCAUCCGUCGCAGAACUUCAUCGAGCUGUAUGGCCUGCAGAAGAUCCAGCAGUCUGUCGCGCGCCGCGAUCCCGUGACCGGCGAGAAGAUUAAUAAGCUGCGCAAGUCCUACGAGAACAAGGUUAAGAACCUGAAGCUGGAUGGUCGAAACAAGGCGCAGUCGAAUCAGGGAGAACUGGGUGGUCUUCUCCACCCCGGAUGGGACGAGCGAACUCCCGAGGGAGAUACCUUGUGGGUGCACACCUGGACGAAAGAAGACGCAAACCAAGGCAAGCGACUCGACCUAUCCGAAGACCGCGAGAACUUGUUCUCCAAGCUGGGCGCGGCAUUUGACAUGCUUCCCGGCAAGCUUCCUCCAAAGGAGCAUCGCGAGUGGGACAACAUGUUAGGAUUGGACGAUCAGACUGUAGCCGCGGGAAACCGUACUCCGGCCGGCGCCGCUGCCAAUCCUCAACCCGCGGCUGCUUCACCUGCAAACACCGCAAGAGGAAAUCCGGAUCGCCCUGGGAAGAGGCGACGCUACCAUGAGGGCACCUACGUCGGCUAUGGUGAUGAUGACGAGGAUAAUGGCAGCGCAAAGCGGCAGAAACAGCAAAGGGUAAGCGAAUAGCCAAUUUACUCCCAGCGUGGCAGACGGCUUUUUUGGUGGAAUUACGAGACUGAACGAGUGCUUAUCAUGUCAGGCCUUCUCGAGCUCUCGGAAUUCUCCCUCUAUCGCUACGGGUGCGAGUUCUAGCGGCAACAUGAUCGGCGUCACAAGCUCGUAG